CUGAGAUCGCAUUAGACUGAUAAUUAAUGUGUGAGACACAGCAGUCAGCAGAGCCAUGAUACAAGCAUGGCAGGAGUAAAGAUUGUGUGGGGCAUUGCUGCCCUUCUGGUGGUUUGCCAUAUUUUGGAAACAGAGGGAUUCUUUGACAUUCCAGACUACUUAUCCCAGGUAACCCACACAGAUGUUCAUAUGCCACUGGUCCAUUUUAGGCAAAAAAGGGAAGCGUUACUGAAUAAUUGGAACUACAUUAUUGACAUUGAGGUGAACGUCUCCAGCAUGCUAGUGGUAGGAGAACUGAAAACAUCACUGACUUCUGUCAGUUUUCCCAUUCAACUCAAUGACAACAUUAACAUCACUGACGUUGAUGUCAGUACAGUGUGCUCCCCAGUUGCUUCUGGAUUCCAGUGCCAGUGUGAGGACCCCUUUGUCUGGUCUUUGGAAACCUGCACAACCUUUCAGAACUGUAGCGCCAUCGUUGAAGACACAUGCCAAUGCAUCGAUGCCAUUCCACCAGACGGACCAUUUUGCCAACCAAAGAAUAUCACAACCACUCCAAGUCCUACAACACCAGCACCACCUAUUCCUGUUGAGUACAUCAUUGACAUCGAGGUGAACGUUUCAGACACCACAGUGAUCAGUCAGCUGAAAGCCCUUCUGGACAGUGUCAGUUUUCCCUAUGCACUCAACAACAUGAUUAGCAUCACUGGUGCAAACCUUACUACAGUGUGCUCCCCAGUUGCUUCUGGAUUCCAGUGCCAGUGUGAGGACCCCUUUGUCUGGUCUUUGGAAACCUGCACAACCUUUCAGAACUGUAGCGCCAUCGUUGAAGACACAUGCCAAUGCAUCGAUGCCAUUCCACCAGACGGACCAUUUUGCCAACCAAAGAAUAUCACAACCACUCCAAGUCCUACAACACCAGCACCACCUAUUCCUGUUGAGUACAUCAUUGACAUCGAGGUGAACGUUUCAGACACCACAGUGAUCAGUCAGCUGAAAGCCCUUCUGGACAGUGUCAGUUUUCCCUAUGCACUCAACAACAUGAUUAGCAUCACUGGUGCAAACCUUACUACAGUGUGCUCCCCAGUUGCUUCUGGAUUCCAGUGCCAGUGUGAGGACCCCUUUGUCUGGUCUUUGGAAACCUGCACAACCUUUCAGAACUGUAGCGCCAUCGUUGAAGACACAUGCCAAUGCAUCGAUGCCAUUCCACCAGACGGACCAUUUUGCCAACCAAAGAAUAUCACAACCACUCCAAGUCCUACAACACCAGCACCACCUAUUCCUGUUGAGUACAUCAUUGACAUCGAGGUGAACGUUUCAGACACCACAGUGAUCAGUCAGCUGAAAGCCCUUCUGGACAGUGUCAGUUUUCCCUAUGCACUCAACAACAUGAUUAGCAUCACUGGUGCAAACCUUACUACAGUGUGCUCCCCAGUUGCUUCUGGAUUCCAGUGCCAGUGUGAGGACCCCUUUGUUUGGUCUUUGGAAACCUGCACAACCUUUCAGAACUGUAGCGCCAUCGUUGAAGACACAUGCCAAUGCAUCGAUGCCAUUCCACCAGACGGACCAUUUUGCCAACCAAAGAAUAUCACAACCACUCCAAGUCCUACAACACCAGCACCACCUAUUCCUGUUGAGUACAUCAUUGACAUCGAGGUGAACGUUUCAGACACCACAGUGAUCAGUCAGCUGAAAGCCCUUCUGGACAGUGUCAGUUUUCCCUAUGCACUCAACAACAUGAUUAGCAUCACUGGUGCAAACCUUACUACAGUGUGCUCCCCAGUUGCUUCUGGAUUCCAGUGCCAGUGUGAGGACCCCUUUGUCUGGUCUUUGGAAACCUGCACAACCUUUCAGAACUGUAGCGCCAUCGUUGAAGACACAUGCCAAUGCAUCGAUGCCAUUCCACCAGACGGACCAUUUUGCCAACCAAAGAAUAUCACAACCACUCCAAGUCCUACAACACCAGGCACCUCCCCUGUCACCUCACCAAUACCCAUCUCAACUGAAGCCACCACCACUAUGUCCACCUCACCAGCAUCCACAACAACUGAAGCCAGCACCACUCCUCCACACACUACACCAACCACAGAAGAAACUACUACCUCUCCUCUCACCUCACCCCCAUCCACAACAUUUGAAGCCAGCACCACGCCUCCACUCAUUGCAUCAACAACACAAGAACCUACCACCACUAUGUUCACCUCACCUGCAUCCACAACAACUGAAGCCAGCACCACUCCUCCACGCACUACACCAACAACACAAGAGCCUACUACCUCUCCUCUCACCUCACCCCCAUCCACAACAUUUGAAGCCAGCACCACACCUCCACUCAUUGCAUCAACAACACAAGAACCUACCACCACUAUGUUCACCUCACCUGCAUCCACAACAACUGAAGCCAGCACCACUCCUCCACGCACUACACCAACAACACAAGAGCCUACCACCUCUUCUCUCACCUCACCUCCAUCCACAACAUUUGAAGCCAGCACCACGCCUCCACUCAUUGCAUCAACAACACAAGAACCUACCACCACUAUGUUCACCUCACCUGCAUCCACAACAACUGAAGCCACCACCUCUCCUCUCACCUCACCUCCAUCCACAACAUUUGAAGCCAGCACCACGCCUCCACUCAUUGCAUCAACAACACAAGAACCUACCACCACUCAUCUAACCAUACCACCAUCCACAACAUCUGAAGCUAGCACCACUCCUCCACGCACUACACCAACAACACAAGAGCCUACCACCUCUUCUCUCACCUCACCUCCAUCCACAACAUUUGAAGCCAGCACCACACCUCCACUCAUUGCAUCAACAACACAAGAACCUACCACCACUAUGUUCACCUCACCUGCAUCCACAACAACUGAAGCCACUACCUCUCCUCUCACCUCACCUCCAUCCACAACAUUUGAAGCCACCACCACUCAUCUAACCAUACCAACAUCCACAACAUCUGAAGCUAGCACCACUCCUCCACGCACUACACCAACAACACAAGAGCCUACUACCUCUCCUCUCACCUCACCUCCAUCUACAACAUUUGAAGCCAGCACCACUCCUCCACGCACUACACCAACAACACAAGAGCCUACUACCUCUCCUCUCACCUCACCCCCAUCCACAACAUUUGAAGCCAGCACCACACCUCCACUCAUUGCAUCAACAACACAAGAACCUAACAUCACUGUGUUCACCUCACCCGCAUCCACAACAUUUGAAGCCACCACCUCUCCUCUCACCUCACCUCCAUCCACAACAUUUGAAGCCAACACCACUGUGUUCUCCUCACCAGCAUCCACAACAUCUGAAGCCAGCACCACUCCUCCACGCACUAUACCAACAACACAAGAGCCUAGCACCACUCCUCCACCCACUACACCAACAACACCAGAACGUAACAUCACCUUCUCCCCCAAUCCUCCACUCACUACAUCAACACAAGCACCAAGCACCACCCCUUCACCCACAACAUCAACAACAAAAGAACCUACCGUUCCUCCUCCAACUACAAAGCCACCAGUUGUGACAAGUACCCCUGUUACCAUUGUGACAACGACAACGACAGCGACCACAGCCGCAACGAUACCUCCUGUUUUGACUCCUCCCCCCACACAGUCACCCAACAGCUUUGAGCUGCAAGUGACUUUUUCAAUUAUACAGGAUUUCAACACACAAUUAAGUGAUGUUACAUCGGAAGCAUAUAAAACAUUGAAAAGUGUUGUUGAAAAAGCUAUUGAUGACAACUACAGGAGAAACAUGAAGGGUUACAUAGGAGUGACAAACAUCUUGUUUAGACCCGGCAGUGUGGUUACAGACUUUACAGUAAUCACAGAAAAUGUUAGCUCGUCUGCUGUUCAGAAUUCAAACCAAGAAGUUGCAACAACUCUUCAGAAAGAGGGCUAUAAAGUUGAUUCACAAUCCUUUACAGCAGCUGUUACUGUGAACAGACCAUUUAGCAAAAGUUUGACCCCAGUUCUAACCGGAGAUGACGUAACGUUGACUUGUGUUGCACCUGAAGGAAUAGUGAAUGUGGAAGGAAUAUGGAAUGUGAAUGGGGUGACAGUCUCAAAUAAUGCAAAGUACACCAUCAGCAAUUCGCCAGCACGACUCACAGUGAGGAAUGUUUUUGAACGUGACGCCGGAACAUAUGAAUGUAUGCUGAAAGACACAGUUGUGGUUUAUCGUCGGAAAGAAGACAUGCAAGUGCUUUCUGCACCCCAGGUGAUGCUGAGCAGGUCAAAAAUCAAUAGCCGCUGUGGUACAAACCAAGUUGAAGUGAAGUGCCGUGUGAAGUCAACUUCUCCAGAUCUUUCCUUUACUGUCAAGUGGUUGAAGAAUGACAACUCACUGACACCAGUUACCGAGUCUACAGAAAAUGGAUUUAAAUGCUAUGGACAUAAUUAUACCACUUUGGGUGAAUGCGCUACAGUACAAUUAACUUGCGUAGUGACCGUAUUACAAAGAGAAUACAAAAGAGUGCCUGCUACACUGGAGUUUUUUAACGGAGCCAUUGCCUGUUCAAAUGCGGUGUACGGCAGCGGACCAGUUGGUGCCACAGCUGAAGCGGCCUGUCCACCAAAUCAGGAUGGUGCUUUGAUUGCGGAGUGUACUGCAAACGGAGAGUGGAAGCUUCUGGAAGAUACCUGUGUCUUCAGUGUAAUUAAGGACCUACAAACAGAAUCGGAGGUUUUGAUAGAAGAAAACUUACCUACAUUCGUACAAGUACUCAGCGAAGCCUCCAAAGAAUUUGAAGAAAAUAUAGUUAAUUCGACAGUAACUAUUUCUACCAUUGUCAAUAUACUGAACACCAUUGCAGAUGUUUCAAGCACAGGUGUUCAAAGAAUAAACAAAACUGUGAUGGAGAAUUUCCUGGAAACUGUGAAUGUUUUAGUUUUCUCGGAGAAAGUACUUGAGUCUUGGAAAGAAUUAAAUACGGGCAAUGGCACCCAAAAUACUAGCACUAAUUUAAUAAAAUCCAUAGAAACCAUCACAGGUUUUCUUUCAAAUGAUUCUUUCGCAAUAAGAACAAGUGCCAUUGCGCUGGACAAAACAGUACUCAGCAACGGUUUCACCUUCAACUCAUCAGACUUCAACACAUCUGCUCAAAUAGACAUUCCAGAUCCAGACCUUCCCUUUGACCCGCAAAUUACCACCAUAGCCUUUGGUACACUGAACAGAGUCUUACCUCCACGGAACAAAACCAGCAUAAAUAACACCAUUAAUGGAAUCAUUGUGUUAGUCAAAGUGAAUGCCACCAUUAACAACGUCUCUCUGAGCUUUGAGAAAAGCAACGAGUCACUGGCCAAUCCGCAGUGUGUCUUUUGGAACUUCACCCUCCUGGAUACAGCUGGUGGAUGGGAUUCAGCAGGGUGUGAGGUUCAAACUAAUGAAAAUGGCACUGUAACCUGCUUCUGCGACCACCUGACCUCCUUCUCCAUUUUAAUGUCACCUUCCAUCCCUGAAGCAAUCAGAAUAAUACUGGACUUCAUUACCUACAUCGGAGUGGGAAUAUCAAUGGGAAGCUUGGUCUUGUGCCUUUUCAUUGAAGCCUUUGUGUGGACUGUUGUCACUCGGAACAGCACAUCAUAUAUGCGGCACGUUUCCAUUGUGAAUAUUGCUCUGUCCCUGCUGAUUGCAAACAUAUGGUUCAUGAUUGGUGCAGGGAUAUCAGAUAUCAAGAAGGAGACACCGGUGGGGGCUUGCAGUGCAGCAACCUUUUUCAUCCAUUUCUUUUACUUAGCCCUGUUCUUCUGGAUGUUGAUUUCGGGAUUCUUGCUUUUUUACCGAAUGGUUAUGGUCUUCUCCCACAUAUCGAAAACAGUCAUGAUGGUGAUCUCCUUCACGGUGGGGUACGGUGCACCGCUACUCAUCGCUGUCAUCACAGUGGCAGUCACAGCCCCUCAGAAGGGAUACUUCAGGGAAAGAGACGCUUGCUGGCUCAACUGGGACAAGACAAAGGCCCUCCUUGCUUUUGUCAUUCCUGCCCUUACCAUAGUGGCCAUAAAUUUCCUCAUCCUGAUUGUGGUUCUGUACAAAAUGCUGAGGAGAGGCAUGGGAGAGAACCCGCAAUCAGACGAAAGAAAUGCCUUGGUGGUCAUUGCAAGAUGUGUAGCGUUUCUAACGCCCUUCUUUGGCCUUACAUGGGGAUUUGGAAUAGGAACCAUGGCUGCACCUCAAAGCGCUGGAAUCCACAUUGUGUUUGCAAUUCUCAAUUCAUUACAGGGUUUCUUUGUUUUACUGUUUGGGACAAUCUUAGACAGCAGGAUUCGAGCAGCGAUAGCUGGAAGGUUUUCAUUUGUACAUACAAGUUCCCACCGCACAACAAGCACAAGUGCAGGUCCUUCUUCUUCAAGUGGAUUAAAUCUGUUUCGAAGACAGAGAAGAAACAUGUACAACGUUUCAGAGGCUGCAACCUCAAGCCAGUCUACUGGUGCUUCAGAAUCUUUCCUCAAUACUUAGUUCCAGCUAGUCUAACAUUCAAUAAUGUUUCCGUGUAUUUAUAUUGUCAUCAGUUGGAUAAACAGAUUCAGUGUCAGUUAAUUUUAUUACAAAUUUAAUAUAUUUGCUUGAACACCAGCAGCACAAAAGGUGCAGUGUUACUGUGAAAAUAUAGCCAUUAUUUAAAUUUGGCAUAUGAUCAUGCUUGUUUAAGUAACUACUGGUUAACAUAAUUUUUCCUCUUUCUUUCUGUUAAAAUCAGUGGUGGCCUUUUGGAAACAUUGU